AUGAUGGGCUCUCCCUCCUCUUCUGCUAGCCCCUUGAUGAAGAAGCAGAGCUCGGGGCUGGCUUCCAGCCGGUCGGAGUUCAGAGGUAUCAACAUCUCCGUCGCCUCCUCCGGCGCCAGCGCCGUCACCACCUCCCGAACGCUUUUCCCCUUCCAGCCCGUCGCGCGUAAGCACCUCCGACGCCCUCCCCAGGGAUGAUGGAAACCAUCGAUUUCUUAAAUUUGCGCUGUGGUUUGCAGGCCGGAUCUGUCCGUUCACGGGGAAGAAGACAAACAAAGCGAACAAGGUGUCCUUCUCGAACCACAAGACGAAGAAGCUGCAGUUCGUGAAUCUGCAGUACAAAAGGGUUUGGUGGGAAGCGGGGAAGCGAUACCUCAAGCUCCGGCUCUCCACCAAGGCCCUCAAGACCAUCGAGAAGAACGGCCUGGACGCGGUCGCCAAGAAGGCUGGGAUCGAUCUCCGCAAAGAGUAA